CUUGUAAACAGCAUGUCCCUGUGGGCUGAGAAGGCAAUCACAGGUGAGAAAUCACUACUGGCAUUGACUACUGGAAUCCCAAGCCAUCAUGUGUGUGGACGGACCUUAAAGUGAUUAGUUCCAGUCUCACAGGAAAAGAGUAGGGGUCAGAGGACUAAUGAUUGGAUGUGGUCACGGAGGGGAAUGUGGCAACGUUGAUGCCGCUUGUUUCCUUGUGCAACUGACAGAAGAGGGAAAAAAAACAUCAAAAAGAAUGUGAGUAAAUGCCACAAAGUCUUGCGGUCCUCGGUGGAAUGGUAUGUAUCUGAUUUACCUGUUCUUGCAGGGCUGAGAACAUCACUGUUCUCAUAAGGAACUGCUUCGGUGCUGUCUCAUAGCAACCUAAAAAUAGACAUGUCCCUAUUAGGCUAUAUUGCUGUGAAAGCUGCUACAAGUAUGGCUACUUUAAGUUUGUGUCAACAUAUAUAUAUGCGAUAUAUAUGUGCAGAAAAAAAUAUAUAUAUACAUACGCACAAACACACACACACACUCUACAUUACAUCAACAUAUCUUCCACUAGAACUGAUAUAUAGGUAUUGAUAAAAUAUUAAUGUCUUCCUCGAACCAACAAGUGUGACUGAUUUUCCAAAGACUAAUGAUGGCACAGACUUGUUAUCCUCAGCAUUUGUUUACAAAUGAACAAGAAGCAUCAUCUAUUAUUCUCUCACUUCCAGCUCAUGCAGGCUAAGGACUGCCUAUUAUUUAGUCGCUUUUUACUCUCCAAUCCUCUCUCUCUUAUUAUCUAAAUUAGGAUGUACACGUGCAGUGUGUUUACAGGGUCUUAUGGGAGGAAAACACACUAGUGAUGUCUGUGCAUAUGAAGACAGUGCUUUUUCUUCAGACGUGGUUUAUUUUUGGUCGACUCUGACGUCAAGAGAAUACACGUUUCAUUCAGCAAGGAAGAAAGUAAGUUAUUUAUAACCCGCAGCGUCUCCAGGUUGUGAUCCUUGAGUGCGCAGUGAAAGGAAUACUCCCCAUUGGACUGAUGUAGUGUGUCUUCAUAACAAAAGCCACCGCUCAUGUGCGAUGGUGGCAGAAAGGAACGGCUCCCUGUCACCCACACUUGGACGCAUCGAUGGGAGCAGUUAGGUCUGAGAAAUAAGAAAGAGCAGGGAGACCUGUGGCAAACUUUGUAUUCUGAAUGAUUUAUUUUCUCCUUGUUUUUUUUUUUUUUUUUUUUGCUUCUUGCAAUGAGUAGCCUACUUUGAGGAUGGAAAACCUCUCAUCUGACCAGGUAAGACAGCAAUAAUUAUUCAACAACAUAACAAAUGCAAGUCUAAUUCUACUGUAUGUGGUUAUCUUGAGCCGAUGCUUACUUCAUCUAUUAGGGGGUACGCACAAAUAUACCGAUUUUAAUAUAGAUGUAUAGAUAUAACAUACUAUAUAUAUUACUUGGGAUCAUACAUGUCGCCUCAAAUGCAUAUUAUAACGAAGAAUUAAGCUGCCAAUCCAGUUAUUUACAAUUGAGCGCGUUUCUGGUGCCAAGUUUUCCAAAACGAGAACCAUGGACAGCGACUCCUGCGUCUCAAGCUGUGGCGCUAUGUAUUAUCGCCUGUGUGCAUGUGUUUGAGUCAUACUAAAAGAUUAAUACUUAACUAUCAUGUUGGAAACCCGCCUCAAGGGUAUAUAUAUUCCAAUAGAGGAGCGUGGUUCUAUGUUUUUGCGCGCGGAGAGGUGGGCAGAUGCGUUUUUUUCCUCGUUAUUCGUCACUUCUAUCAAUUAGAUGGAGAUAAAACACACAUAUAUAUAGGCUAAAAGGUUGUCUGCAUUUAGACUACGCGGGAAACUUUGAUUUUGAUAUCUUUCUGUAGCCUGGAUCAUCCUUAAUGAUGUGUUUGUGAAUCUAACAGGUGUUGUUAACAUGCCGGCUCCUGCAUUCACAUGACUUGUUUUAUUGACAUGAUCAGAUCUAACUCCACAAAGCUGCAUUCAUUACACUUCACUGUCAUUUGAAGUAUUUAAUUAAAAUUGUAUUUACUCAGUCUGAAACCCUCAACAGGAGCCUCAACCGUGUUUACAAUGCUGAAGUUGUAAUAGACUGCCACCUGCUGGUGAUGAUUUUUUGUAUACUCAACAAGGACAAACCAUAUGACUCUGAAGUUAUCAAGAUUUCACAAUGUGUACUCAUCGUCUUCACUGGUUUGUUCAAAGGGCUGUGUGCUGUAAGUUCAACUCUGAGGAAAUCUGUGACCUGCUCGGCAAUGGCAGACAUACUGGAGCUGCGGACGGAUGGAAACUCCCUCUUGAAGGCAGUGUGGCUCAGACGGUUGAGACUCACCAGGCUUCUGCUGGAAGGAGGCGCAUACAUCAACGAGAGCAAUGAACGUGGGGAGACGCCGCUUAUGGUGGCCUGCAUGUCCACACACAAUGACCAGCAGAGUGUGAGCAAAUCAAAGCUGGUGAAGUAUCUCCUGGAAAACAAGGCGGAUCCAAACAUACAGGAUAAAACAGGCAGGACGUCUCUAAUGCACGCCUGCAUCCACAAGGCUGGACAUGAGGUAGUGGAUCACCUGCUGAGCAAUGGAGCUGAUCCUAGUCUGGAGGACAGGAGCGGGGCCUCCGCCCUCGUCUAUGCCAUUAAUGCAGACGAUAAGGCGACGCUAAAACUGCUCUUGGAUGCAUGCAAAGCAAAGGGCAAGGAGGUCAUCAUUAUCACCACAGACAAGUCGCCUUGUGGCACAAAAACUACUAAACAGUACCUAAAUGUACCUCCAUCGCCAGAGCUGGAUGAGAAGUCUCCCCCAGCAUACUGCACCUCCCCCUCUGACAUUGAUGUUACUGCAUCACCCACACCUGAGCAGGAGCAACCAAACACUGUCUUCAGUUUUCAAACAAAGCUGAAAACCUCCUCUUCAGCUUCAAAGCUUGCCAAUGGGCCCACAUCUCCAACGCGCAGGCCUGCAAAUACAAAACGUGCUCGUCUGCCUCAGCUGAAGAGGCUGCAGUCAGAGCCCUGGGGGCUGAUAGCCCCCUCAGUUAUUGCUGCAGCCGCCGCCCAUGAGGAGAGCAGAAAAGCCGGCUCAGAUGAGGAUGUCGUAGCAGGGGUAAACGGACUCUCUCUCAGCAAAAGGUCGGCUUUAUCUCGACAGAGCAGCGUAGAUGGGAAGGAUAGCUUCUUUCCACCGGUGGGUGAACAAGCCUCCAAAAUGAAAACCUUACAGUCACUUCCUCUUACAUCUAAAGCAUCGUAUGAGAAAAGUCUAUGUCAGCACCAGCCACUGGCUCGACGCAGCACUGUGCCAACAGAGCAGGAGAGCGGCGGCAGCUGCAGCAGUGGCCCUGUUACUCUGAGAGACACAAUGCACAGGAGACGCCUGGGGAAGGAUCACUAUGACUCAGACUCACAGCUCUAUUCCGACUCUGCUAUGUUGGACUCUCCCAAGGUACCACUGGAGCGAAGGAAACUCAAUACUUCUCCACUAGCUUUGCUGACCAGCUCCAGAGAAUCCCUCGACAGCAAUGCCAGCCCAUCCUCUCCGAGCACGGCACACAGGCGAGCGCCCGGCCUCCUGGAGAGGAGAGGCUCGGGCACCCUGCUGCUUGACCACAUCUCCCACACCAGGCCUGGCCAGCUGCCCCCUCUUAAUGUUAACCCUAACCCUCCCAUUCCCGACAUAGGUGCAAGUAGCAAGCCUUCCUCACCCUUGGCCACAGGAAUUAGAUCCAUAGGUCCAGUAGCACCAAACACACCAAAGAGAGGCGGGCUCAAGUCCAAAAAGAAACUUGUGAGAAGGCACUCUAUGCAAGUGGAGCAGAUGAAGCAGCUAUCUGAUUUUGAAGAGCUGGCUCAUUAGUGAUUAGUGAUGAUUGUGAAGCACAUAAUGUGGGAGUAGAGAUGUUAACACCAUAAAUUGUCAGGAAGUACAUCCCUAGGUUCAGCUGUAUAGACUCAUGGUCUUCUAGAUGUUGAAUAAUGAAUUAUUUAUAACGUAUAAAUAUAUAUUUAUUGAAACCGAGCAAUAUAGUUAGAGUUCCUCUCUGUUUUACACCCAACCUUUAGGAUUUACAUUACUCACUACACAUUUGCUACUUAUGUACCACAGUUUUGAAUGUAAAUGCCAAGACAUGGUACUGAUCCUCAGAACUAGCUGUGUUACUUGUUAAUGUAAUGUUUAGGGAACAAACAGGGUCCACUUGUAGCCUGCAGGUCACCAGGGUGCACUUUGUGCGUAUGUAAUUAGCACAGUUACUGGAUUUGUUUUUUUGGAAAAAGAAAAAUGUGAUGCACUUGUCCAAGAUGUAGCGUUAAGUAAGAUGAAAUUUGACUGUUUGUAGCAAAUUUGUACAAAGUGCCUUUGAGAAAAAGGAAUCUUAAAAAAAGAGCAGAGAUAUACAUUUGAUGUAUUAGGUGCAUUUGUUAUUCGUGAUGACAGAACCAAAAUGUGUUUUAUUUCAUUCCUGUUGGUCUUGAGAAGAACAAAUUGACCCACCACAUGUGAAUGGAUGAAAAUAUGCCUUAAGAAUCAGCUAAAGUAAUGGGCUAUGUAAAACAGCACUUUAUUGCCCAGACGGAAAAAAGUUUGUUGCUAUUACGAGCGUUAAAGAAACUUUCAAAAGCACAAAGUUCUUCAAUGAUUAAUUCAAUUGACGCUGUAUGACGCUUGAAUCCUUAGUCGCAGACACAGGUAAAACUUGUCAAUUAAAAUGUCAUUUCACGCUAAUGGCAAUCAAAACUUAAGAUCAUACAGCUUCCGUGUGACUGCCAGUAAAGCAUUUCUUCUGUUCAAGAAAAUGAUAUUAUUGAAUCUAUAGUAUUUUUGCAAGCAAUUGAUUGUUAUUCUGAAUAAAUGUCUUUUACUUGUGAA